GCAUAUCAGAGUCAAAUAUGGCACGAACCGAACUAGAAAUAAAAAAGCAAAAGCGUAAAGCCAAAAAACGCAAGCAUGAAACUCAGUCAGUUCCGAGCGACGACGAGGUGGCUAACAAAAGCUUAAUUGUGGAGGAGCAAGUGGCAGAAGGAACGCAAACAGAAGAAAAACAGCUCCGCAAAAGCAAAGCUUCUAAGCGCAGGCAACAGUCGGAGCACGGCGCCAUCAAAGAAAAACGCAGUAAGCAAACAAAAGAGCCUAACGAAGACGCCGCAGAAGAUGAAGACCUAGAUGACAUGCCUACAGCAGAGCAGCUGGAGCAGGCAGCUAAACCAGAGAAUUCAAAUGCCAUUGUAACGGUACGGCAGAAGAAAAAACAAAAACAUUUACAACGUUUGGAGGUGCAAAAAGAUCAGAAUGCUGACAAGGAAGGCAAGCGUAACGAGGAGUAUCUCAGGAAGUGGCGGGACAGUCGACAAGACUGGAAAUUUGAAAAACUCCGACAAAUUUCCAUACAACAAACCGCCUUCAAUGAGAAAAAACUGAGUGCCGAUAUAUGGCCCAUUGCCUUGGAGUAUCUGGCGGGCUCCAAAGGCGCUGCGAAGGCAAUCAUCAGCAAACUUGCCGAAGACGCCAUACAGGAAAUGGACAAACAGUGUGAGGAGCUCAGUGAGGAUACGGAGCGUCAGAAAAUUGUUGAAUCCGUACGAUAUCAGCGAGCUCGAAACCUGUUGCAAAGUUUUGACUAAAAGUUAGUUUGUAGUUUCAAUAUGAAUAGCUUAAAGGCGUUGUUAAUUAUUAGGGUUUAAUAAACAAUAUAAAAAUGUUGUAA